UAAACUGCAUCUUGGUCCCGGCAUCUUGUAUUCAAUCUAAUACAAUGUCUGGAGAAAAAUCGGGCUGUUUUACUUGGUGUGUAAGGUUGAAAGAAGCGUGCAAUGAAAGGUGGGCUCGGUUUAUCAACAGACUCCGUCGCCGAUUCUACGCAAGAAGAGACCAAAGAGUCGACUCAGCCAGUGUCUUAAAUGAGACUGGAACAAAAGAUAUGGUGUUGUCUAAAACACCACGCAGAUCCAACAUAGUGAUUCCUGACAUACUUGCUGGAAACAGUGUCACAGAUGAACCAUUGAAUGUUGCAAUUGUGAAUGAUAAAGACAUCGACAUGCAAGUUGGGGAAUACGUAGCAAGGAUCAUACAGACAGCAGUCGACUCAUUGAAGUCUUGCGCUCAGUUGCUUAGCAACACAAGAAUAAUCACAGUGAACGCAGACGACAACGUUUCCCUGACUUCAAGCGUAAUCAGCCAAAUAGCAGACAUUGCUGUGACCGAUAGCUUAACAAAUAUUGUUAUGGAAAAUGAUACCAACCAGUCGGCAAUCAAAGGAAUGAAAUCAAGGACAAGUGCAGAAUUCAUGGACACACAUCGACUGGUUUCCGCCGACAACGCCGAUGAUGACCUGGCAUAUUUCAAGGCUUAAAACAGAUGCCACCGACAGCCGUGCAAGCCUACUUUAUUUAUACGUUUUCUUAUAACUGUUGUGUAUUACUAUAUUUAAAAGCAUGUUUUCUGAGGUUCUGAAUUUUAAUAAAAUUCAUCGAACUUUA